AUGGUGCUCGCGCGUGUUCGCACGGACUCCGUCCGUCGCGGAGUAGCAAGAUCCCCCUCCAGCACCGUCGCGUCCUAUAGGAGGGAUGCCGCGGCUCCUGUCGUUCUCAGCAGCGGGUGCUGUUCCGUCAUCGUCAACGCUAGCAGGAGUCGCCGGGGGGGGUCGCGCAGCGGCGUGGCGUGCAGGUCGCAGCUGGCAGAGGGAUCGGGCUCGUCGCCUUCUGCUCCCGAUGUACACGUUGCUGAACAGCCGCCAGGGCAGCUGGAGGAGAUACGUAGGGGAUUGGAGGAGGUUGAGCGGAACAGAGCAGCGGAGUUGGUGCUACUACGAGGCGAGCUGGUGACUGUAAGGGGGGAGUUGCUAACAACAAGGAGGGAGCUGGCGACAGUGAACGGAAAGUUGGACGUAUUGAAAGAGUCUUUAGAAACGAUAAAGAUUUUGGAUGAGGAGGAGGAUGAUGAGGAGGAGGAGGACGAUGAUGAGGAGUAUGUAUAUGAGGAAGAGGAUGAGGAGGAGGGGGAGAUGGUGAAGAGGCUGAGGAAAGGAGCGAGUUCGUAUUUUUCAGCAGCUGUGCAGUCUCCAGCGGCGGCGCAAUUCCCAGCACCGAAGCAUGUGGAGUUUGACGUGGAAGAGGAGCUCCGGAUGCGCCAAGGGGCAUAUAAAACGGUUUGGCAGAGAAUUCAUGCGACCACGACACUGGAUCUGAAGGGGCUGCCUUACCUCUCAGAAGCCAUCCUCUUCCAUGUUUCCACCAUGACUCACCUGAAACACAUUGAUCUCGAUGGGUCAACACCAUUCAGCCCAGAGGGAAUCAAGCACCUCUACAUGAAGCAGCUUGAGAGCCUAGAGCUGACCAGCCAUGCUGUAACGGACAGCUGCCUGGAAGGCAUUGGGGCUGCAAGCAGCCUUAGGUCUCUUAAUCUCAAGGGGACCAGUGUGACUGAUGCUGGACUGGAGUUUCUGGCACCUUUAAGCCGGCUGAAAGUGCUCGUUCUUCCAGGCACGAUCACUGAUGCUGGCCUGGAGCACAUCCAGAGUCUUUCUGCUUUGGAAGAGUUGGAUAUAUCGGAUUCUGUACUUACAGAGGAGGGCGUGGCACUGCUCUAG